AUGAUCACCAACGAUGCGAGGUUAAAGAUCAUUUUACUUAAAUUUUAUGUCCUCUACAUUACAUACCAUCUACUUAAACUUUACAAAUCGAUUCUUGUGUAUGUUCCUGAUGGUCUUGACGUCUCGCUUUCGUCUCUGAAAACAUUGCAUCUUCUGAGUGUGAAGUACGAAAACAAAGAAUCACAGCGCAGCCUUUUAAGGGGUUGCCCUGUUCUGGAGGAGCUGGUUGUGGACAAAAGUGAUAGCUUGCGUGUGGAAUCAUUCGCUGUCAAAGUGCCUUCCUUGGAGAGAUUAUCUGUACUUUAUCAGUUUGAUGAUGAUCUUGAUGGAUUAGAUGAGCACUCUGAACAUGAGUUUUACAACGAUAGAGUUACCAUUAAUGCCCCGUCUUUGAAGUACUUGAACUAUGUAGAUAUCGUUGACUACGGUCAUUCGUGUGUGAGUUGGGAUAUGCCUGAGUUGGAGGAGGCACAUGUUAAACUUGUUUGCAAACGUCCUGAGAAGCUCAUGAGAUCUCUUACAGCAGUCAAGCGCCUCUCUCUAUGUUUAUUUAAUCAUUCAAUGGUUCAGCAUCGUGUUGCAUUAUGUCAGCUUGUUCAUCUAGAGCUAUGUGGAUGCAGCCCAAAGUGGUGGGAUCUACUUACUUGGAUUCUCAAAAGUUCUCCUAAACUACAAGUUCUCAAGCUCAACAAGUGUUCGGAGGAGUGCUAUUGUUCCGUAAAGCCUAUUGGACGGCCUUGGGGACUGGUGAUGUAA